AAAACACGUGUUGAGCAGAAACGCGUGGAGUUCAGGAAAAACUACGAGGGAGUUGUGUGGGAUCACAGAGGAAUCGCCUAAUAAAGCCUUCGCCACGCAGGACUAUGCCAUCCUACGCACUCAAUCAGUUUAUUGAUCUGGAGGAUGUCCUGUGCAAGCACCUUUUAAAUCUUGAUCUUCGAGAGCCAAUGAAACCCUCACACGCAGCUGCUGUUGGAUAUAGGAAGCCUGACAGUCCCUGCACGCUUUCCUCCACCAGUUCAGGACUUUCUAUUGACAGCAUUGAGAGCGGGGCCAUGAACUCAAGCUACUGGGGCCCCCAGAAAGCAUCAUCUCCGUCAAAGUGGACCAAGAUGUCCUUUUGGUCCGAACGCUCUGUUAGCAUGGUGGAGGGCAACACUGGAAGUCUGGGUUGGUCUUCUGCUGAACCCGGCCAUUUAAAGCAAUCUUCAGUCACGUCAGGUGCCGUUUCCCUCUCCGGCUCCACGUCUUCGGUUUCUGUGACCUCGUCACGCUACAAGACCGAGCUGUGCCGCACGUUCGCCGAAAGAGGCGUGUGCAAAUACGGUGGCAAGUGUCAGUUCGCGCACGGCCCCGAAGAGCUGCGAGACCUCAACCGUCACCCGAAAUACAAGACUGAGCCCUGCCGCACUUUCCACUCCAUUGGCUUCUGCCCCUACGGCAUCCGCUGCCAUUUCGUGCACAACGCCGAAGACGAUCACGCGCAAUCCCGACCCCAGACGGUCCCUUUUUUGCAUCUGAUUGUCUGA